AUGGCCGAGGAAUCAAAAGUCAUCGACCCCCAGCUCGCCGAGCCCGCUGAGGAAGACCCCAAGGGCAAGGGCAAGGCCGCUGCCGUGGACUCAGACGACGAAGCCGACGAAGAGCCAGCCGCCGAUGCCAGCGCACCUGCCGCAAAGAAGAAGAAGUCCAAGAAGAAGAAGCUCAAGGAUGCCCUCUCUGGAAAGUCCUCGUCCAAGGAUGAACAAGAGUCCAAGCUGCACAAGGCCAUUGACAACCUCACCCCCGACCAAGUAUCCCAGCUCCUCGAUCUCAACCCGGCGCUGGCCAGCGAAAUCGCCAAAUCGACCGGCAGCAAUGAUCUGAGCUCGGCCACUGAGGCCUUGAAGAGGCUUAAGCUCCAGGAAAUCAUGACGGGCUUGGCUGCCAGUGGAAAGAACGCAAAAGACAUGGGCGCAUACAAGUUCUGGUCAACACAACCUGUCCCCAACUUUGGCGAGGAGUCCAAGUUUGAGGAUGGUCCCAUCAAGGUCCAGACUCUGGAAUCGGUUCCAAAGGAACCGGCGCCGCUCAUUUCGGGCUUUGAGUGGUGCGACAUGGACAUCUCGAAUCCCCAAGAGAAUGAAGAGGUUCGUGAGCUUCUUCAGGGACACUACGUUGAGGAUGACGAGGCUCUGUUCCGGUUCAACUACUCGUACAGUAUUCUCAAGUGGGCAAUGAUGCCUCCCAACUGGAAGAAGCAGUGGCAUGUCGGUGUGCGCGCAUCGGCUUCCAAGAAGCUCGUUGCCUUCAUCUCUGCUGUGCCCUUGGAGAUCCGAGUCCGCAAGAACAUCGUCCACGCGUCCGAGGUCAACUUCCUUUGCAUUCACAAGAAGCUGCGAUCCAAGCGACUCGCUCCGGUUCUGAUCAAGGAGGUUACACGCCGCUGCAACCUGGAGGAGGUCUGGCAAGCUAUCUACACUGGCGGUAUUGUGUUGCCCACUCCAGUCAGCACUUGCCGUUAUUACCACCGUGCCAUUGACUGGCAGAAGCUGUACGAGACAGGCUUCAGCCCCCUUCCUGCUGGUUCCAAGCCUCAGUACCAAGUCCGCAAGUACCAUGUACCCGAGAACACCAAGCUGAAGGGCCUGAGAGAAAUGCAAGAAAAGGAUGUCGAUGCUGUUCACGAUCUCCUGAUCCGGUACCUCCAAAGAUACGACCUUGCUCCUGACUGGAACAAGGAGGACGUUCGCCACUGGCUUCUGCAUAAGAAGGCCAAGGACCAGCUCGAGGAGCAGGUCAUCUGGACUUACGUGGUUGAAGACGAGAACAAGAAAAUUACGGAUUUCUUCUCGUUCUACUGCCUCGAGUCGUCUGUCCUGCGCGAGUCGAAACACAAGGUUGUUCGUGCCGCCUAUCUCUUCUACUACGCAACAGAGACUGGCCUUGGCGACAACGUCGACCGGGAAGCCUUCAAGACCAGAUUGAAUGCACUCAUGUCAGAUGCUCUCGUUCUCUGCAAGAGAAAUAAGUUUGACGUAUUCAAUGCCCUCUCACUCAUGGACAAUGGUCUGUUCUUGGAGGAGCAAAAGUUUGGUGCUGGUGACGGCCAGCUUCACUACUAUUUGUUCAACUACAGGGCCAAUGCUAUUGCAGGAGGUGUCGACAAGCGGAAUCGUCUGGAUGACCAAGCGCUUAGCGGCGUUGGCUUCGUCAUGCUAUAG